AUGCAAGCCAGCGCCGAGCCCCCCAAGGCUUUCACACCGCUGCUGCCGUCGACUGCGUCGUCGUCGUGGCCGCAAAAGAACGCAGCGCAGUGUGUCCUUAUCAACCUUGUCUUACCGCUCUUGCUCUACUACGCGAGCAUGCCGUUCACGACCGAGCUGCGUGCGAUGCUGCUGGCAGCGCUGCCGCCCGCGCUCGAAACGCUGUACCAGAUCCUCGUCUUCCGCUGCCUCGAUCCCAUCUCGGCUCUACAAGUGCUCGCGACAGCCUCGGCGCUCGCCGCGCUCUUUCUCACCAACGAGCCCAAGGUGCUCCUCGUCAAGGACUCGUUCACGACCAUGACGAUCGGCGCCGGCUUUCUACUCUCGCUCCAGUGGGACGACGAGAACCUCGUGUGGCACUACGUGCGCGGCUUCUACGGCUCUUCGGACGCCAAGCGUGCGUCGCUAGCUGUCUACUGGUGCCAUCCCGAGGUCCAAGCGGUCUCAAAGUGCGUCUGCCGCGUCUACGGCGUCGCGCUCCUGCUCGAAGCCUCGCUGCGCGUGACAUGCAUCAGCCUCUUCUCGAUUGGCAGCAUGGUGCUGCUGUCGCCGCUGCUGGCCCUCGCGUUUGCUCUGCUCAUGCUGCUCUGGACGCGGUCGUACGUUGACCAGUGCAACUUGCCGCCACUGGAGCUGCCACCGCCCACAGUGUCCAUGUACCAAGCCAUCUGA